AUGAAUAGCGAGUGCAUUUUAACGCUAGAUGUGGGCAAUGGGGUAGUAAUUCAAGAUGUUCAACUGUGGGGAAACAGUGUAGAGACACAGCUUCCCAAGAAAGGGAAAGCGCGGGUGGUAGCACACAUUGACACAAGGAAGCUGCCACUUUGGGCGAGAACCCGUGGUCUUUUCACAUGCUUCAGUAGUAGCUCAACCACCGCGGCAUAUUUUAGAGCCAAGCUCCUUAAGGACCGACAUGCUCAUCGCGGGAUUGUUGCCGAACUUGAUAAGCUAUACCUGGUAUUUUUCCGGAAGGAACAAAGCCCUUCGAGCUUUCAGAUCGAGUGCAUACGAUUGAAUCUUGCUCUGAAGCGUAAAUUUGAUACGCAGCUGCUGCAAGCCAGUACAGUCUCGUCGCAACCGACUAUGUCACCUCAUAUUGACGAAAUAGUUGCCAAGCAAAGUCUUGCGCGUGCAGAAAGUUCAUUGCGCAUAUCGCGGCAUGUUCAGCUCGCUGACUAUCGGCGCCAAUUUUCUUCCACCGCGUCCAGCUGUAUUUUGGGCGGUCUGCGACUGCGCGGAAUAAGGGAAAGCGAGGCAGACUAUCAUAAAAUUUAUAAGAUGACCUACUCAGCAAUUGAAUUUGCUUUUCGAAGUGAGCUAAGCAAUGCGAGCCCCCCAAUAUCCUUUGAACAGGUCCAAGAAACGGUCGAAACGCUUCUGAAGGUGUUUACCCGUUCGUGA